AUGAGUAGUCAGACUUUUAUUCAACUAGCCAUCGAACGUCCCACAGGACCCGGAAACGACAAGAAGUGUAUGCUGUGGGGUUUGCGGGAUGUGUAUUGCUCACAUUCAUAUCACUUUCGUUUGAAAGGUCGUUCUCUUGACCUGGCGCAACUAUUCCGCCCCCACAAGCUGAACACGUUCGCCCGAUCAGACGUGAGAAUUCAGAGAAUUCAGAUGCGUCCAAUGUGCGUUGGUGGGAUGGAGAUAACGCGUUCUUCUGGCAUGCCAGGUGUCCGGAGUACAAACCCCGGCAAGACCAUUGGAUAUGCCCUGCUGGCGAGCUCUAAUAAGAGCGAAUCCCGAGUCCACUUCUUCCCCCGACCCUUUGAUUUACUGGGUCAUCGUUCGAUGAGUCGGGCACACCAAUCACAUCGCUCAAGUGUGAACACGUUUCGCUUGUUCAGACAUGAUAAUUCAGAUGCGUCCAACGUGUGUUGGUGUAGUAGUGGUUACACGCUCGCCUCGCAUGUCAGAUGUCCGGGGUUCAAAUCCCGGCACGCCAUUGGCUAUACACUGCUGAUGAGCUCUAAUAAGAGCGAAACUCGAGUCCAGUGCUUCCCUUUGGUGUGGACUGGCCAGAACACUAACGCCAGUACAGGAACACGGCCGUUCAAACGAGAGUGGUGUGGCUAUGAACAAAUG